CACCAGAUAAGGCAAAGGGAGGAAGACGGAGCUCGGUGAGGAGGACACCGGACCUCUGGGUGGAGAAGACGAGCGAGCUCCAGUCACACAGCUCAUCCCUGAGACCCGGGCACUGCCACAGUGAGAGUGACGGGUUUUAGUGUGCUCUCUGGUCAUUCUCAUGGCAGACACAACGCUGGAGGAGGCUAUGGAUGGGCAGCAGGGGGAGACGGGAGGGAGACAUCAGACUCUGAGAUGGACACAGCCAUGCAUGAGACAGGCCGUGCGCCGAGAGCCAAAGAAGUGGCCAAAAUCUGGGCCUGGAGUACAAGUCAGAGCAUCAAAGACGCAAAAUUCCCCUGAAAACGCGGCGAGGGAGAGGAGCCGAGUGCGAAACAUACGCCAAGCAUUCCAGAGCCUACAAGCCGCCUUGCCGUCGGUUCCUCCGGACACAAAGCUCUCCAAGCUGGACGUUCUGGUUCUGGCUACCAAUUACAUCGCACACCUCACUGAGACGCUGGACCAGGGGGCAGCGGGGUCUGAUCACACGGCGCUGCAGAGAGCUGAAGGCUACCUGCACCCUGUGAAGAAGUGGCCUAUGCGCUCUCUACUGUACUGUGGGAACAUUGGCGAGCGCUUAACAGGAGCAAACCCCAGUCAGGAGGAGUGUCAAACACCCAGCAGCACAGCCGAGGUCCAAGCGGAAUGAGCUCAUGUAGAUGUCUCUAGUCUCUCCUAAAGCAACAAAUCUAACACGUAACAUCUAACAGCAGGGGGGAUCAGAUUUCAAGUAGUACAGGACACGAGUCUUUAUUAAAUUAUACUAAUGGAGUUGAAUUAAACAUGGCUGCUGUGUCCCUUAUUACUUGAAUCCACCCAAACAACCUAUAUUGCAUCUAUAUUCAUAUUUAAGCACAUAUCCAGAAACCGCACAAAAUCAUUAGGACUUCUACACAUUAAAUACACUAUACUGCCAAAAGUUUUGGGACGUCUGCCUUUACAUGCAUGUGAAUGUAAUAUGGAGUUGUCCCGCCCUUUGCAGCUGUAACAGCUUCAACUCUUCUGGAAAGGCUUUCCACAAGUGUGUUUAUGGGAAUUUUUCCUCUAGAAGUGCAUUUGUGAGGUCAGGCACUGAUGUUGGAUGAGAAGGCCUGACUUACAGUCUCCACUCUAAUUCAUCCCAAGGUGUUCUAUGGGGUUGAGGUCAGGACUCUGUGCAGUUCCUCCACACCAAACUCACUCAUCCAUGUCUUUAUGGACCUUGCUUUGGUCACUAGUGUGCAGUCAUGUUGGAACAGGAAGGGGUCAUCCCCAAACUGUUCCCACAAUUGAAACUGUCCAAAAAUGUCUUGGUAUAAAGCGGAAGCAUUAAGAGUUCCUUUCACUGGAACUAAGGGGCCGAGACCAACCAAAUUCAAUGAUUUGAAGGGGUGUCCCAAAACUUUUGGCAAUAUAGUCUAUAUAUAUCUCUGUUUCAUGUCUGUUUUCAUUUUUUUCCCUCUAAACCUGAUGUGAUAUUUAUUAACUUCCUAUAAAAAAAGUGCUCUGUUAUCCCGUUGCGAAGUGUCUCAGUAAAUAAGACGUAAUUUAACCUUAACGAUGUUCGACUUGUUCUGAAUUCUUUUGAAACUAGCCUCAUUUCAGCCGUCUGCAGCCUCCCACCGCCUCCCUGGCAUGUUUUCUCGGCUUUAAUUUGCGUGUCUAGUACUAAACGGGAGGGAACGAAAGUCUUGAUUAGUAGAUGGGGAGGGUUGUUAUGGGGAACACUUGGCAACCGAAUGAGAGGAGGACCUAUGAUUUGAUGUGCUCUUAAUCAAGUUCCCUGCAGCAGGAUCUCGCAUUAACUCCGAUACGACUCACUUUGCAAAUCCCAACUAAUAAUUCACAAAUCGCUGGAGGUUUUAUCAUCUAGAUACAAAAUAAAAAUGUUUUUACAGUG